CGUGUGAUCAUCCAGAUGACAAAAUGUCAACUUUGACAUCGGCAAGAGUCUUGUUAAUUAUAUUUCUAAUAUUCAUUGAUGGAGAUGCAGUUCAUCCAUACGACAUAAAACAUUUGGAGCGAGCAAUGCAUCACAUGGCCAAAGGAAUGAAAAAUCAGAAGUAUAGCAUAUCCUUCAAGGAAAGCAAUCAUAUACUAAACGAGUUUAUCAAAUUUGGGAAAUAUGUUGCUGACAAGGCAAAAGAAAACCCAGCAAAUACCAAAAUUAUUAACGGAACUUCAGGACAAACCUAUUCGAUGUACUUUGAUUUCACUCCACAGAAGCGAGACAAGACUUAGGUCUGAGAAAUUCAUAUCAGAUAUAUCAAUAAUAAAUAAAAA